AUGACUGCUUAUAUAGGAAUCGCAAUAUUCGAAGAAAAACUAACGAAUGACCAACGUCAAUAUUUACGUGAAUAUUACAAAAUGAACAAAAAUCCUGGACAAAAACAAAUUUAUCAAAUUGUUAAACAAUGGAAUAUUAAUGAUUUUGAUUUUUUUAUGGAUUUGAUAGAAUGGUUUUUUGAUCAAAAUUUAGAAGAUAUUGAACGCGAAGGACGUCGAUUAAUAGCAUGCAGAAUUGGAGCUUAG